AUGUCAUUCUUCCCUCCUAUCCGUGCCUCAAACGUCCUCAUAGCCGAGGCCGAUAUCCCCAAAACCGCUGUCUUUGUAGGCGGUACUGACGGCAUCGGCAAAGCUACUCUGACAAACCUUGUCGCUAGGUGCUUCCCAAUCAAGGUCUAUAUCGUGGGCCGCAAUAAGGCAGGGCAUCAGACUCUCCUGGACCACCUCAAGUCUUUGAACCCAAAGGCAACCCUGAUUUACAUCGAAGGCCAGAUCUCUCUUGUCAAAGACUCUCACCGUAUUGCUAGUCACAUCGCGGCCCAGGAAGAGAAGAUUGACCUUCUCUUCCUUUCAGCAGGCUACCUACCCUUUACUGGCCGCCAAGAGACUUCUGAAGGUCUAGAGGCAUCUCAGGUAGUGUCCUACUACAGCCAUGUCGUUUUCAUCAUGCGUCUUCUACCGCAGCUCAGAGAGGCUGCCAAAUCGUUUGGAUCGCCACGCGUCGUCAAUGUACUCGCCGCUGGAAAGGAGUCGAAAGAUUUCUUUCUCGAAGAUUUAACCCUCAAAGAGCCCGGUCGAUUUAACAUCCCCAAUUUCGCCGCCCACGCUGCUACCUCCGCCACCCUGACUCUCAAACCUAUCGCUGAAGCGCCGGAGAACAAGGACAUUAUCUUCAUUCACUCGCAUCCUGGCAUAGUUAGCACAGACUUGUUCAUGAAGAGUUGGGCGGGGAAGUUCGAUCCGAGCAUGGCUACAGCUCCGCCUGCGGGUGACUUUGUCAAGCUUACACCGGAAGAAUCCGGCGAAAGAUGUGUGUAUUUGGUCACGAGCGCGGAGUUCGGAGGCAAUGGUGUUCCAGUACAGAAUGGGCGACAUGCAGCUCAGACUCUGGCCCAUGGAGCCAGAGGUUCGCUUUUCUCAAUCAACGACAAGUUCGAGAUUGUGGAACAGGACAAUCUACUUGCUGAUCUUGAGAAGAUGGGCGCUUCUCAAAAGAUUUGGGAUCAUACCUUCGAGGUCAUUCAGUCUCUUGCCGAGUCAGAUUAG